UGCCGAGUUCGGUACCACCGGGACCCCCGACACGGCAUCGGGCAGGACGGCCGGUUGUCCUAUUGAUCCCGGUGGCUGUCAGUUGGGAGAGAGAGGGGGGAAUCACACACACACUCAUGCCGAGCUGACGUCGACUGCGCCGCGUCCGGUUUCCGUGGUUGUUCCUGCGGAGUGGAGGAGGAAAAAAAGCUGGUGGUGUCCGCGCUGCUCGCUCGGAGUGAAAUGUGAGGCUCGGAAAAAAUGUUUGCCUGUUGUGGUUGAGAGGUGAGGGAGAGAAAAAGGGAGGGAGGCAACCUGCUAGACGGAGCAGGUCAGCGUCAAGUUUGCGUUAAUCACGGCGGUACAGUUUCAGACAUAUUUGUCAAGCGGAGGAGUCAUCACCGGAUCAGCUCCAGCCGCCGCUCGGAGCCACACUAUGCCUACGAGUUGUCACGGACUGGACGUGUGAGGUGAGCUGUGACUCUUCCCUUCUUUGUCUCUCCGUACACCUGCAUGUACAGUGAGCAGCCCCGGCCCAUCGGAGAGGCGCUGUGCUCAGUGACUGUGCUGCACUAGGAGAACCCAUGGCUUCUGGCCUUCCAUCUCCCUCCGUAGGCCGCUGGCUCAGGCUGCUGGAGUUGCUACUCGGGCCUCUGUUGGUGUUGCUGCUUGCUGGGCUGGGACCACCAGUGCUGGGUCAGAAUGUCUACACCAACACAUGGGCUGUCCACAUACCUGGAGGUCAGGAGGAGGCUAAUCGAAUUGCCAGCAAACAUGGUUUCAUCAACCACGGCCAUGUAUUUGGUGAUUAUUAUCACUUCCGGCAUCGCACAGUGGUGAAGAGAUCGCUGUCAGAUCACAGGGGGACACAAGUUCGUCUACAAAGAGAUCCCAAGGUUACUUGGGCAGAGCAACAAGUAGCGAAACGGAGGAAAAAGAGGGACGUCUUCGCAGGUCCUUUAGAUCCCAAGUUCAGAGACCAGUGGUACCUGUACAACAAUAACCACCGGGACUUGAAUGCCAAAGCUGCAUGGCAGUUGGGCUACACAGGUAAAGGUGUGGUGGUGUCCAUCCUGGAUGACGGGAUAGAGAAGAACCAUCCUGACCUGAUGCAGAACUACGACCCGGAUGCCAGUUAUGAUGUGAAUGACGGCGACCCAGAUCCUCAGCCACGAUACACGCAGCUUAAUGACAACAGGCAUGGAACAAGAUGUGCAGGAGAAGUGGCAGCAGUAGCCAACAAUGGGGUCUGUGGAGUCGGUGUGGCCUACAAUGCAAAGAUUGGAGGUGUGCGCAUGCUGGACGGUGAGGUGACCGACAUGGUGGAGGCCCAGUCUCUCAGCCUGAAUCCCCAACACAUCGACAUCUACAGCGCCAGUUGGGGUCCCGAGGACGACGGCAAAACUGUGGACGGACCUGCCAAGCUCGCCAAAGAAGCCUUCCUGCGUGGAGUUACAGAGGGUCGUGGCGGUUUGGGCUCCAUCUUUGUGUGGGCUUCUGGGAACGGUGGAAGGGAGAAGGACAGCUGUAACUGCGACGGAUACACCAACAGCAUCUACACCCUGUCCAUCAGCAGCUCCACGCAAAACGGCAACGUCCCCUGGUACAGCGAGGCGUGCUCCUCCACCCUCGCCACCACCUACAGCUCGGGCAACCUCAACGAGAAACAGAUAGUGACUACAGACCUCAAAUCAAAAUGCACAGACUCCCACACAGGCACCUCUGCUUCCGCCCCGCUGGCUGCUGGGAUCAUCGCUCUCGCCCUCGAGGCUAAUAAAAACCUGACCUGGAGGGACAUGCAACAUCUGGUUGUACGAACCUCUCACCCUGCCCACCUGCUCACCAAUGACUGGAGAACCAAUGGUGUUGGCCGCAAAGUUAGCCAUUCAUAUGGAUAUGGUCUGCUUGAUGCCAGUGCAAUUGUGUCACUGGCAAAGACAUGGACCAGUGUGGGGACACAGAGAAAAUGUGUAAUCACCAUGGUCAGCGAGCCAAGGAACAUUGGCAGCCAUUUAUCUAUUAACAAGAGUGUGGACGCCUGCAUCGGGUCAGACAGUCAUGUGACCUCAUUAGAGCACGUCCAGGCCCGGCUGUCCCUGUCCUACAACCGGAGGGGGAACCUGGCCAUCCAUCUCAUUAGUCCUUCCGGUACACGCUCCACUCUGCUCCACCCCAGGCCUCAUGACUUCUCAUCGGAGGGUUUUAAUGACUGGGCUUUCAUGACCACCCACUCCUGGGAUGAGAACCCCACUGGGGCGUGGACACUGGAGAUUGAGAACGUGGCUGGUGCCAGUGACUAUGGCACUCUAACCCAGUUCGUCCUGGUGCUGUAUGGUACUGGCUCAGCAUCUUCUAGCUCCUCUGAGAAGUCCCAGCCUCUCAAUGGCAACUGCAAGACCUUGGAUCUGAGGCAGAUAUGCAUCGAGUGCAACGGCGGCUACUACCUCUUUCAGCAGGGCUGUGUGAAACGAUGUCCACCGGGCUUCUCGGUGGGCUCCCAGCCCGUCAACUACACAGUGGGAAACUCCAUACCACCAGCUUCCGUCCCCGCCUGCCUGGCUUGCCCACCACCCUGCCUGACCUGCAGCAGCCUCAGCCCUCAGGCCUGCCUGUCCUGCCCUCCUCACAGCUCCCUGGACGCCGUCUCUGGAACCUGCCUGCACCUCAACCAGUUCAUGCGCGAGACCACUGGCAGCUUCAUGGUGGGCCAGGGGAGCUCGAGAGCGCAGCUUCCGCUCAGCUCUAAUCUGCCCAUCACCAUCGCCGUGCUCAGCUGCGUGGCCAUCAUCGCCACCUUCGCUGGCAUCUUCCUCCUGCUGCAGCUGCGUUCAGGCGCACUCAUCAAGCUGCCCUCUCUGGAGGCUGGCGGUGGCCUCGGGGGCAGCUUCAGCCUUGGGGGAAAUAGGGUGGUGUCGUACCGUGGCAUCCCGACAGUGUGGGGGGAUGACGGGGUAAAUACAGACUCCGAAAACGAAGAGUUUGACGUCCAAAAUGAGAGGACUGCCUUUAUCAAAACACAAAGUGCUCUUUAAUGCCUCCCACACAUCCUUCUUUCUCUCCUGCUUUUAAAAUCCUCUCACCCCCUUUUGUCUGAUAAUUCAGGGCUGUGGUAACUGUCCUUUCACAGUCUUUCCUGGUUUUAUCUCUCGUUCAUUUUUUUCUUUUCUUUUCACUGUCUUAUCGGAUUCUCAUCUGAGCCCUGUAUUGGGAUCUGAUCUUCCACUCUGCUGUGGGAGACCUGAUGGGAAGCUGCUGUCUCUCAAAGCUCGGGAAGGCCUGAGCUUUGCUCUGUUCACACUUGGGCGCAUUUCUAUUAAACUGGCUCUCUCCCUCCUCUUGCCCUCAAUCAUGAACAGUGUCUGUCUGUGCAGAGUCCAUUUUCCCCUCCAGCUCUAGCUCCUUUUUGUUACAGUAAACAAAUGAUUAUUAUUUGCUUUCUUCCUUUUUUCCCUCCUCUUUCCAUUAGUCUCAGUGCAGUAGCCAGACGAGAUUGUUGAAUGUGAGUAGUGAAGUGUGUGUGUGUGUGUGUGUGUGUGUGUGUGUGUGUGUGUGUGCGCACAUGUCUGAGUGAAUUGUGUGUGUGAAUGUGAGCGUGUAAAUCUGAUGAACAGUGUAGUGCCCUUUAUAGAGAAGCUUAAGCGGGUCCUGUCAUAUUUAGUAUUUUAACGAUACAAUGAAAACAAAAAUUGUAUUAUGAGGCAUGAAAUCCAAUUUGGAAACAUUUUUUCUCUCUCCCCAGAGUGACACAAACAUGUGAAAUCUGUUCAGAAUAGACCACUUAACUGUAAUGAUUCACAUUUUUUACGUGCAUUUUUAAAUGCACAAAUUAAAAACAUAAUAGUUGAUAAAGAAAUGUGCUGACUUGAGUCGUUUCGAAUUACACGCCACCAAUUAGACAAACAAAACAGACCGAGCGCUUCCUGGAUAUGCCAUCUGUGACAUCUUUGUUUUUAUGACGAUACAAUAGUGCUAUUUACUUUUAGAAGACUCUUUCUUCCAUGCAGUCGCUUUUCAAAACCAGUACAGUUAUUGUUCCUUUUGUACACAUGAUGUGUAAUGACCUUUUCCAUCUCUGGAAAAGCAAACUGUGAGUCACUCAACGAGCGACAGCUGCCUCUAGCCUUUUCGGAUCCCAGAUGAACUGAACUUCGUCUGGUUUUAAAAUUUGGACCAUCACAUGGAAUGGUUUAGGAAACAGAGAAAUGAUAAGAAAACAGGUCAGAUGAUCAACCCUGAGGCACACUCCCUUCCAGACCUAUUUAACUUCUUCAUCUGACGUGCUCCCAGCUCUGAUGCUGAUGAGGCCAGUACAACGUGUGACUGUUGAGCACAAUAGUGUUUCAUAGCAGCUGGCAGGUGUUGAGUUACCUGUGACUGAUUUCUUGACAGAGCAGACACAGUAACAAUACAUCAAGGCUUUCCUUUUGGCAGAGCACAUCAACACUACAAACACACUCAUAUCUUAAUGAUUGAAAGUUAGCGUGUGUGUGUGUGUGUGUGUGUGUGUGUGUGUGUGUGUGUGUGUGUGUGUGUGUGUGUGUGUGUGUGUGUGUGUGUGUGUGUGUGUGUGUGUGUGUGUGUGUGUGUGUGUGUGUGUGUGUGUGUGUGUGUGUGUGUUGCAUGUGAGGAUGAGAAAUGUUUAUCUGCCCUCUGAAGUGAAGGUUUUCUGUUUCCUCCUUCAUCUCACAGCUUCUGCUCUCCUCUUCAAAUGUUGAAUAUUGUUUUUAAAAAUCCUUCAUUGAGACUCCUCAUCUCAUCAGCCUCUCUGCACUUACCCUCCAGUCUUCAUCUAAUCUGAAUUUCAGAUUAUGUCUUCGGCGUGCUUGCCAAUUAAUUAUAUUCCGAAUGAUUCUGCAGCAAACUAUUUAUUCGGAGAGAUUUUAAUCACACCUUUAGGGAAGAUUAUUUUAAAAUGAUAAUUCCUCCCAGGCUGGUUAUCAUCUGAAAUACGCAUCUCAUUAUUUAAUCCAGUGUAGCCAUUUUUGAUUCCACUGAUCGCUUUUGUUGAAAUUAUUAUUUUUUAAUUUCCACUACAAAAACGGUGGAGCUUGCUGAGAGAGGUUGUCAUGGUGAUGACGUGCAUAGAAAACCGCAGCUGCUCACCCUUUUAUCUACCUCUCAUAUCAUUCAGCAAGGUUUCAUACGCUGUUAGAGGAGCUGAUAAAUGAUUAUAGAGGUCAAAUUAUAUGUAGGUUAGAUAUGAAGAUGCUUCUUGGGAAAGAUUUUGGACGAUGUGCAAGUUUAUGAGAAAAACAAGCGAUUGCCAUUCAGAAACUGUAAAGCUGCUGCGUAAAUCCUACUCUCCCGGAGCUCCUAUCACCCCUAAAAAUUUAUUGCCUUUAGGAUCAGCAUUCAUGUGCAGUCACACCUGGGCUUUAAACCUGUUACAGAAAUAGAAUGUGUAGAACAAUAGUCCAUAGAUCUUGUUGGUCAGCAUUUAAGUGCCAACGCAAUCUAGAACUGUUGGGGGAGUUUUGUUUUUCAUCUCUACCCACGCAUCUCCUCGUGGAAUUGCAACCUUUCUUUGUUCUUAAGUUUCUGACAAUCAAAAAUGUUUCCUUCUUUUGAGGGCAGAAAAGUGCAGAAGCACGCAAGAAAAUGUAUUUUAAUUUUUAAUUUAACCACUUGUGGUAGAAAACCUUCACGAAAGUUAUUGUUCAUGAAUAUGCAGAAUGCCAUUUAAAUUGCAAAUGCUCAUUCAGAAGUCAAAUGUUUAUUCAGAAAAAGAAAAUUAACUAGUUAAAGCUGCAAAGAAUAAUGAUUUUCAAUCUAAUACCUGCCAAAAUUCCUCUCGUAAAGGACGCAGGAAGAUUGGCAUGUAUGCUCUCAAACACAGCGCUGAGCCAGGAAGCUUAAUUCAUCUCAGAUGGCUGGUGCAGGUGUAGCACAUUUGGCUUACUGCGGCGGUUUCUGCAUUGGAAGCCAAUCCGAGAAUGUGGAUUUGGAGAAAAUGCCCUCAAAAGGAACAGAGCUAGUGUGGCGAGUGUGUGCUGCAGGGGUUUGUGUGAUGUACAUUAGUGCCUACUGCCAUUUAGGCUCUGAUUAGUCCCAGUUUAAGGAGGGUGCUAAUUUGAAAAUGUAAUAACUUCAGCCUCAGACUUGAGUCACAAAAUCUUAUUGACUUCCCAGCUUGGUGAGAAGUGUGUAAACAACAGAUAAUGGACUAAUGCAGCAGCAAAAUUGCUUCCAUAAACUAUUUUCUUCAACUGUGGACGCUUAAGAGUCUGCUUCUUUUGAAGAACUAUAAUGUGAGACUUUGACCAAUUUGUUGCAAUUACUGCGGCCUAAUUGAUUCUCAGUCUAGUCUGCGUUAUGCACCGAGCAUUUUCUCUCUCUGAAGAUUUACACAGCUUCCCGGAAGAAUAGCUUCUCGUGAAAUGCAGCAUUUUGGGAUGUUGAGACAAGUUUCUGUGGCCCCAUGAGUGCACACACACAAAAUGAUUUAUUCAUCUUAGCUUGAUGUUGUAUUCACUACAGCCAGAAAACUUUCAGCUGAUGAACCCGCAGCUCUGCGCAUUCAAGUGUUCAACUUUUAAAAUCAUGAAUGCAGGCAGCGUUAAGGAGCUGGUGCUUCCAAAGCACAGGAGUUGCGGAAAACCAUUAGCAGCCAGCUCAUUCCUUUCACCGCAAGAAUGUGAUAGAAACUACACACUAAAAAAGAAGAAGUUCUCUAAUUGUGCCAGAAAGCAGCUCGUAAUUAAAAGACGACCACUGGCAAUGAUGCGAGAAGCCUUUUAUAAAGAGAGGACUUGCUCGUGGGCCACAACAGAGUCUUGUCUUUAUGUGGCUGAUUUGUUUCAUGGGGAGCUCAGUGUUGCUCCAGCCCUGCUUUAGGAUGUAGUCUGAAGUGAUCGAUAUGAAGUUGGAUGGAGUUAAUAGGAGCAAUAUCUUUGGCAUAACCAAAGACAAUCAUUUUAAUGCUGUCUGUUUCGUAUUACGACGUGUUGCUUUCAGGUUGUCACAGUCCAUCGGCCCCCUCACUUGUCCUCAAAGUGUUUUGUUGAAACCUUUCCAUUAUCUCAGCCUUUCUGAAGAUCUGCGGCGACACCUUGUAUGUUUAGCAGCUGUGGAGGGAGGAGGUAGAAUGUAUCCCAUCGCCAUUAACUUAAGGGCUGAAUCCGAUCUGCGCGCGUCCGUUCGUGCACAUGCUUGUUAAGUAGAAAUGAAACACUUUGCGAUGGAGGGGCGGUAAGUGGAGCAGCCUCGGUCGACUCCGUUGACUUCCUCCCGCCUCUUCACGAGGUUCCUGACCUGUGGCUGCACACAGUACCUUACAGAUUCGUGACCUAUGAUUAAUGUACAAGAAUGACUAUCUUACGUGGGACAUAACUCUAAAAUAAGGCCUAUUUUUGUACUAUAUGAAUGGUGCAGUGUAAUUUUCUUGUAAUUUAAAGAUUUUUUUUUGCUCUUGUUUUCUCCUUUUUAUUUAAUUGAUGUCAAUUAUAGAUUCUACUAAAAAAUAAAGAUCUAUGCAAAUUUGAA